AUGGUGGCCACGCGCUCGCACCUGGUGCAUGCACCUCCAACGAAGCGUCAGCCUGCGACGGACGACGUGCAGGGCUCGAUUGUGGCGCAGGCCGCCAACGACCCUAUCGGUGCGGCUGCGGCUGCUCAGGGGCUGGACAAUGUCAAGAACUACCUCCAGGGUGGCGACCAAGCGCAAUAUACCCUCAUUCAGGAUGACGCAAAUAAUCCCUCGGCGCAGUAUCCUUGGAACCAGAACGUGGGGACGAACCCCAAUGCCAACGCUCAAGCAGGUGCCAAUGCCGACGGCAACAGCCAGGGCUGGGUCGGCCUGCCUCAGCUGCAGAUGUUCGACCUGAAGAGGGACCAAGUUAUCAAGGAGAAUGCAACCCAACCAUACUACAUCACGUCCAACUACAACCCUGCGCUGAUCAAAAAGGCCGUCAUCGUCAUGCCCGGUAAGCCGCGUGACUCGUGGAAGUACACCGACCUGGUCUACAAUUCGAUGCAGACGGCAGCCAUCAACCACCCCGAGUGGCAGAUCGACAACAAAACAAUUCUCGUUAUUGGCCCUGCUUGGCUCAACCAGUUCGACCAGCAGUACGGUGCAGCCAACCCGAUGGACCUCGUCUUCCACGGAUCCCAGUGGCAGUCGGGCGGCUACAGCCGCUCGCCCCAGCUGAACCACUCGAUCACCACCUACGAAGUCCUCGACUGGUUCACCGACUGGCUCUUCAACACAACGAACUUCCCCAACCUCAACGGCGUCACCUUUGCCGGUCACUCGAUGGGCGGCCAGGCCGUGGCGCGUUACGCAUUGGUCAAGAAGCAGAAGAAGUACGACGACAACAUCUCCUACUGGAUGGGCAACCCUGGUUCGUGGGCCUGGCUGUCGGACCAGCGUCCUUUCCAAAACGCAUCCUGCACCGAUUUUGACAACUGGCCGUACGGAAUCGGUGGCAAUCAGACCAAGGUGACCAAGUACGCCCGCAAGGAUGUCAUCGCCGACAAGCAGGCCAUCCUGGACCGCUUCAAGACGCGCAAGGUUCACUAUGCCCUCGGUCUGCUCGACAACGGUCCCGGUGACACGCAUUGCCAGGCUGUCAUGCAGGGCGGCAACCACUUGGACAGGGGCUCUAACUUUAUCCAGCAGUUCAAAGACCUUGGUGGCUUCCCGUCCACGCACACCGCCACCUUUGUCGCCAAUGCUUCUCACCAGGACUACGCCAUGCUCAGUGCCAAUGCCAGCAUGAACUUCCUCUUUGUCGAUGGCGCAAGCCAGCGCAACCCAGACAUCACACCACACAACCCCAGCGACAAGAACAAGACCACGUCGUCGGGGCCCGACCCUAACCCGAAGCCAAAGGCGUUUGCCACGCCUAUCCACAAGAUUAUUUCCUAUGCGCUUCUCGGUGGCUCCGUGGGCCUGAUUUCCCUCAUCUUUAUCAUCCUGCCCUUCUGCUUCCCAGCAAACAGCGACCCGUGGGAGCAGGAAAAGUGGGAAAACGACAGCAAGCGUCAGCUUCUGUGA